AUGGCUUUCCCUUGCCAUUUGUUGAACUUUUGGAGAAGUCCAAUCCUCUUGUGGCAGCCACAACAGAGGGGUUCAUCCUUGGAGCCUCAUACUCCUCAAAGUAAUAGCACUCAGGCUCACCCAAAUCCUCAUUCCUGCUUCCUCACUCGAUCCUCAGCUGAUCUCAGCUCGAUCCUCAGCUCGAUCGAGCUCGAUCUCUUCUUCUGCAAAUCCGCUUCAUGCCCAACCAAAGUGUACACAGGGGGUCUGAAGUCAAUGUUCUACCUCCUAGGACCGUGGUGA